UUUCUCUCUUUUUCUCUCAGCCGGGGUUGCUUUGGCUAUCCACUAAGUAUCUUCUUUAUUGUUGUCAAUGAAUUCUGUGAACGAUUCUCCUACUAUGGAAUGCGAGCGGUGUUGGUACUUUAUUUUAAAUACUUUCUACAAUGGGACAAUAACCUCGCCACUGUGGUUUAUCAUACCUUUGUUGCUGUGUGCUACCUGACCCCCAUUCUUGGUGCUAUCGUUGCUGAUUCUUGGUUGGGAAAAUUCAAGACCAUCAUCUACCUGUCCAUUGUUUACACUGUAGGGCAGAUUGUUAUGUCUGUAAGUGCCAUUCAUGAUAUAACUGAUGGAAACAGAGAUGGAACCCCAGACAACCUAAGUAUUCAUGUUGCAUUAUCAAUGAUUGGCCUCAUCCUGAUUGCUUUUGGCACCGGAGGGAUUAAGCCUUGUGUAGCAGCCUUUGGAGGAGACCAGUUUGAGGAACACCAAGAUAAGCAGAGAAGUAGUUUCUUCUCCAUCUUCUAUUUGUCAAUUAAUGCUGGAAGUCUUUUGUCAACCAUUAUAACGCCUAUUCUCAGAGGACAAGAAUGUGGAAUUCACAGUCAGCAGAAGUGCUAUCCUUUAGCAUUUGGUGUGCCUGCUGCUCUCAUGGCGGUUGCUCUCCUUGUGUUUAUUGUUGGCAGUAGAAUGUACAAGAAAGUCUCUCCUCAGGGCAAUAUAAUGUUGAAAGUUUUCAAGUGCAUUUCUUUUGCCAUCAGUAAUAGAUACAGAAAUCGAAGCAAAUCAAUACCAAAGAGGGAGCACUGGAUGGACUGGGCAAAGGAAAAGUAUGAAGAGCGUCUCAUUGCUCAGAUUAAGAUGGUAGUGAAGGUUCUAUUCCUGUACAUUCCCCUUCCAAUGUUCUGGGCUCUUUUUGAUCAACAGGGCUCAAGGUGGACACUGCAAGCUACCACUAUGGAUGGAAACUUUGGGGCUUUACAAAUUCAACCAGACCAAAUGCAGACUAUCAAUGCAAUAUUGAUCAUUGUUCUCGUCCCCAUUGUUGAUAUUGUGGUCUAUCCUUUAAUAAAAAAAUGCAAGCUGAACUUCACCCCUCUGAAGAGGAUGACAGUGGGAAUGUUCUUUGCUGCCAUGGCUUUUGUUGCUGCUGCACUUGUGCAGGUAUCAAUAGAUAAAACUCUUCCAAUAUUUCCAACAAGCAAUCAGAUACAAGUUAAAGUUAUAAAUUUGGGAACUCAAAAUUUGACUGUUCAUUUUAUUGAAACUGAGCCUCCAUCCGAUUUCGUCAAAGAAGUGGCCCCACUACAGGUAUGA